ACCGUCACAAUCCGGGCAAAAGUAUUACCCAAUUAAACAAUUGGUUACAACAUUUCUUUGUCGGCAUAUCUGAUAAAUUUAGUUCAUUUGUGUUUUACUGACAAUCAAUCGUCUACUUUGGACACCAACUCAAUUGAUGCCAAUGUUAUGGCAGUAUUGAGUCGACCGAUAAUGGCAUUCAUAUUACAAACUCACGAUUUAAAUGGACUGAUGAUUGCUAUGAGAAGUGCACUCCGCAAGUCUUCGUGUCGGACAUUAGGUCUUCAGGCACUCAAUUGGUUGCUAAGAAAUGUGAGCCAACCGGUGGCCAUACAUGACUUGAUGUGGUUUUUCAUUGAUGCGUUGACAACGAAUGAUACGAUACAUAAAGUGCAGAACAAAGAGGAGACCGAAGAAAAUAUAGCCAACGGUGACGCUGUUGGAGACAAUGCUAUCAAUGCGGCCAACAAUAGAAUAUCUGUUGAGAAACGUAACGAAUCAGAAGUGAGUCAACACAAGAGUCAAACAGAUGUCUGUCACCACCCGUUGGCUGAUCUCACGAUUGCUGGCGAAGCGACUCAAGUGCUGAGACAGGCUUUUCAUUCAUUUCUUAGUACAGUUUCUGAGUUAAUGCCACUUUUGCCGAUGGGAUCACCACUUCAGCAAAUAGCAGUUCGCUGUUUUUGUCUUCAAUUCAAUGGUGAAGACCAUUCAUUUCUACACCAGUGUCACGUAUUUUCUAAUAUCAGUAAAAUUGUCGGUCGAAAUGAUGAGGAACAGAGUCCGACAAUUUUGGAUGAAUCGCAUCAAUCAAUGUUUAUACAUCCGGCUCUUGAAUCCUAUCAGGAUUUGACGUCUCAGAUGGAAAUCACUCAUCACUGCCAUUCUGUGACAAUCACGACGACGGCGAAACUGCGGCUAUUAUUUUGUGUAACUCUUGCGGUAAUUUGUGCGCCGAAUGUGAUCGAUAUCUACAUCUUCACAGCAAAACUCGUUGCCAUCAAAGACAGAUAUUUAAAGAGGAAGAGGAGGCCAUUCGUGUAGAUCUUCAUGAAGGUUGUGGUCGAACCAAACUGUUUUGGGCGAUGGCUUUGGCCGACUCUAAGACACUUAAAGCAAUGGCAAAUUUUCAAUUAUAUUAUUUCGAUCGCAUCCCUAAAAGGUUGUACCAUUGAAGAGGUGGAUCAAAGUAAGAACAAAGUUUGCAAACCGUUAACUAAAGACGACUAUUCAUCAGUUUGUCGUUUUGAGAGCCACGGAGGAGGUUGGGGUUUUUCUAGUCAUUCGAUAGAAGCGAUUAGAUUUAUGGCCGACACAGACAUAUUGUUGGGAGGGUUUGGUUUGUUUGGUGGUCGCGGAGAAUAUACGGCAAAAUUAAAACUGUUUGAUAUCGGACCGGAUGGCGGGGAACAAGAGGGUGACGGAGAGAUAUUAACCGAAACCGAUGAGAUAUCAUUCGAGUGCGCCGCCAGACAAAAGUAUCCGAUACUGAUUGAAGAGCCGCUACCACUUCAAGCAAAUAAAUGGUAUGUCGCGUGAGUUCGCAUUUCUGGUUCGAGACUUGAUUGUUGAUCAAGUGGUCAGUCAGUAGUGAAUACAGAAGAUCAGGUUGUCUUCUAUUUCAAGAGCUCUAAAAAGUCUAACAAUGGAACCGAUGUAAAUGCGGGUGUAAAAUGCGGGCGAUGUAAAAACAUUCCUCUCGUGUUACCAUUCCUUCUAUCCGAACGGUUCGCUCAGAUGGCGAGCGCUUUGCGAUCUUUUGCUUAACGACGACAAUAGGUUAUCGCAAAAGUUUUGUUCCUAUUUAUUGUCUGCAAUGUUAGCCGCUUUGUGUCGACCGUGUGUUCGCUUAACCCAAACGUUUCCCAUUAUGAAUGGUUUGGAUGUCUAUAAUCUUCAGAAUCCUUCUGAACUUCAGAGUCCUAUUUCUGAUUUAGGCAUAAGUUAUAAGAAUUAUGUAUUAAACGAAAAAAAUCAGAAAAAGACUGACGAAGAAGGGUGUCAUUCGGGAAAUGAGUGUUCAUUUCGUGAUAUUUUCAAUAAUUUGCUUAAUAUUUC